GCACUUUUCUCCCCCUCUUGUCAACAAUGGCUUUCGUUCGUCGUGCUGCGGCUUCUGCCGUCCCUGCCGUCCGGAUGAUGUCCGGCUCUGCCGCUGAGGCUGCUCACCAUGCUUCCGCGUGGAAGAUGUACUCCAAGGGCGGCCUUGCUGCGCUUGGUGUUGUCACCGCAUACGUGGCCAUGCGUCACUUCUCGCAUGACCACCAUCACUCGGAUGCUCCCCUCUACGCCUUCCAGGAGCGCCGCAAGCGCGCCUUCCCGUGGGGCGACGCCUCGCUGUUUGGCCAGGACAAGCGCGAGGGCAAGUACUGAUUGAUUGAUCAUCAUCACCUCUGAUAAACGUAGCACCUCCAAUCCC